GCGCCGGAGAGAGACGGCUCCGCACGGCGGACCGGCUUCACGGUUGAGAGGCGCCCCCGCGCGCGCACACACACACCGCGUACAGGUUGCAGUUGUUGGAUAUUUCCAUUAUGAUGGCGCAGAGGACAGUACAGGAGGACCCUGAGAGAUACCUCUUUGUGGACAGGGCAGUAAUCUACAACCCUGCUACUCAGGCUGACUGGACUGCUAAAAAAUUGGUGUGGAUUCCUUCAGAACGUCAUGGCUUUGAAGCUGCCAGCAUCAAAGAGGAAAGGGGAGAUGAAGUAUUGGUUGAACUGGCAGAAAAUGGAAAGAAAGCAGUUGUAAACAAAGAUGAUAUUCAGAAGAUGAAUCCUCCCAAAUUUUCUAAAGUAGAAGACAUGGCAGAAUUAACCUGUUUAAAUGAAGCCUCUGUUCUGCAUAAUUUGAAGGACCGAUACUACUCUGGGCUCAUUUAUACAUACUCUGGACUCUUCUGUGUAGUCAUAAAUCCUUACAAAAACCUCCCAAUUUAUUCUGAGAAUAUCAUUGAAAUGUACAGGGGAAAGAAACGCCAUGAGAUGCCUCCUCACAUUUAUGCAAUAUCUGAAUCUGCAUAUAGAUGCAUGUUGCAAGAUCGUGAAGACCAAUCAAUUCUUUGCACAGGUGAAUCAGGUGCUGGAAAAACAGAAAACACCAAGAAAGUCAUUCAGUAUCUUGCACAUGUUGCUUCCUCUCAUAAAGGAAGAAAGGACCACAAUAUUCCUCCCGAGUCACCUAAGCCAGUGAAGCACCAGAGUGGAUCCCUGUUGUAUGGUGAACUGGAACGUCAGCUUCUGCAGGCCAAUCCAAUUCUGGAAUCUUUUGGGAAUGCAAAGACUGUGAAAAAUGAUAAUUCCUCCCGUUUUGGCAAGUUCAUCAGAAUAAAUUUUGAUGUUACUGGUUAUAUUGUUGGGGCCAACAUUGAAACAUACUUACUAGAAAAGUCACGUGCAGUUCGUCAAGCCAAAGAUGAACGAACUUUUCAUAUUUUCUAUCAGCUGCUAGCUGGGGCAGCUGAACACUUGAAAGCUGACUUACUCCUUGAAGGAUUUAAUAACUACAGAUUCCUGUCCAAUGGCUACAUACCCAUUCCUGGCCAGCAAGAUAAGGAUAAUUUCCAAGAGACAAUGGAAGCCAUGCAUAUCAUGGGCUUUUCUCAUGAUGAAAUCGUGGCUAUGUUGAAAGUGGUAUCCUCAGUACUACAGUUUGGUAAUAUUUCCUUCAAGAAGGAGCGGAACACCGACCAGGCAUCUAUGCCAGAAAAUACAGUUGCACAGAAACUCUGUCACCUGUUGGGAAUGAAUGUAAUGGAAUUUACUCGAGCGAUACUCACUCCACGCAUUAAAGUUGGCAGGGACUAUGUCCAGAAGGCACAAACUAAAGAACAAGCGGACUUCGCAGUGGAGGCACUGGCAAAAGCCACUUAUGAACGCCUCUUCCGUUGGCUUGUUCACCGCAUUAACAAAGCUUUGGAUAGGACCAAGCGACAGGGAGCUUCCUUCAUUGGCAUCCUGGAUAUUGCUGGAUUUGAAAUCUUUGAGUUAAACUCCUUUGAACAACUUUGUAUCAACUACACCAAUGAGAAGCUGCAGCAGUUAUUCAACCACACCAUGUUUAUCUUGGAGCAGGAAGAGUAUCAAAGGGAGGGCAUAGAAUGGAACUUUAUUGACUUUGGACUGGAUCUACAACCCUGUAUUGAUUUAAUUGAAAGACCUGCAAACCCCCCUGGUGUACUGGCUUUGCUGGAUGAAGAAUGUUGGUUCCCUAAAGCAACUGACAAGACUUUUGUGGAAAAAUUGGUCCAAGAGCAAGGUACUCAUUCCAAAUUCCAAAAGCCUCGGCAGCUAAAGGACAAGGCAGACUUCUGCAUCAUUCAUUAUGCAGGAAAGGUGGAUUACAAGGCAGAUGAAUGGCUUAUGAAAAAUAUGGACCCUUUGAAUGACAACGUGGCCACCCUUCUACACCAAUCUUCUGACAAAUUUGUUGCAGAGCUUUGGAAGGAUGAGAUUCACAAUAUUCAGAGAGCCUCUUUCUAUGACAAUGUUACUGGUCUUCCUGAUGCACCAGUGGACCGUAUUGUGGGUCUAGAUCAAGUCACUGGGAUAACAGAGACUGCUUUUGGCUCAGCUUACAAGACCAAGAAGGGCAUGUUCCGUACAGUGGGGCAGCUAUACAAAGAGUCGCUCACCAAAUUGAUGGCCACACUUCGAAACACUAACCCAAAUUUUGUUCGCUGCAUCAUUCCAAAUCAUGAAAAAAGGGCUGGAAAGCUGGAUCCACACCUAGUUCUAGAUCAGCUUCGCUGCAAUGGUGUUCUAGAAGGAAUAAGGAUUUGUCGCCAAGGAUUUCCAAACAGGAUUGUGUUCCAAGAGUUUAGACAGAGGUAUGAGAUUCUGACUCCUAAUGCAAUUCCUAAGGGUUUUAUGGAUGGGAAGCAGGCUUGUGAGAGAAUGAUCAGAGCAUUGGAGCUGGAUCCCAACUUGUAUAGAAUUGGACAGAGCAAGAUUUUUUUCCGAGCUGGUGUUCUGGCACAUUUAGAGGAAGAAAGGGAUCUGAAGAUAACAGACAUCAUUAUCUUCUUCCAGGCAGUGUGCAGGGGAUACCUUGCCAGAAAGGCCUUUGCUAAGAAGCAACAGCAACUAAGUGCAUUGAAAGUUCUGCAGAGAAAUUGUGCUGCCUAUUUGAAGUUAAGACAUUGGCAGUGGUGGAGAGUGUUCACAAAGGUGAAGCCUUUGCUUCAGGUUACUCGUCAAGAGGAAGAACUUCAGGCUAAGGAUGAGGAGCUGCUGAAGGUGAAGGAGAAACAGAUAAAGGUGGAAUCAGAACUUGAAGAGAUGGAAAGGAAACAUCAGCAGUUGUUAGAAGAGAAGAACAUUCUUGCAGAGCAGUUACAAGCAGAAACAGAACUGUUUGCUGAAGCUGAAGAGAUGAGAGCCCGUCUGGCUGCCAAGAAGCAAGAACUAGAAGAAAUUCUGCAUGAUUUAGAAUCCCGAGUAGAGGAAGAGGAAGAAAGGAACCAAGUGCUACAGAAUGAAAAGAAAAAAAUGCAGGCUCAUAUACAGGACCUAGAGGAGCAGCUUGAUGAAGAAGAAGGUGCUCGGCAGAAGCUUCAGCUUGAGAAGGUAACAGCUGAAGCCAAAAUAAAGAAGAUGGAAGAAGAAAUCUUACUGUUAGAGGACCAAAAUUCCAAAUUCCUUAAGGAGAAAAAAUUAAUGGAUGAUAGAAUUGCAGAGUGUAGUUCACAGCUGGCUGAAGAAGAAGAAAAGGCAAAAAACUUAGCUAAACUCAAGAAUAAGCAAGAAAUGAUGAUCACAGAUCUGGAAGAACGCUUGAAAAAAGAAGAAAAGACUCGUCAAGAGCUGGAAAAAGCUAAAAGGAAACUUGAUGGGGAGACCACUGAUCUACAGGACCAAAUUGCAGAGCUGCAAGCCCAGAUUGAGGAGCUAAAAAUCCAGCUUGCCAAGAAAGAAGAAGAGCUGCAGGCUGCCCUUGCCAGAGGCGAUGAGGAAGCUGUGCAAAAGAACAAUGCAUUGAAACUAAUACGAGAACUACAAGCUCAAAUUGCAGAGCUGCAAGAGGAUCUUGAAUCAGAAAAGGCUUCACGCAACAAGGCAGAAAAGCAGAAGAGAGACUUGAGUGAGGAAUUAGAGGCAUUGAAGACAGAAUUGGAAGAUACCUUGGAUACUACUGCGGCUCAACAAGAGCUCAGGACAAAGCGUGAGCAGGAAGUUGCUGAACUGAAGAAAGCACUUGAAGAAGAAACCAAGAACCAUGAAGCCCAAAUUCAGGAUAUUAGACAGAGACAUGCAACAGCCUUGGAAGAGCUCUCGGAACAGCUUGAACAGGCCAAAAGAUUCAAAGCAAAUCUUGAAAAGAACAAGCAGUGUUUGGAAACGGAUAACAAAGAGCUAGCCUGUGAGGUGAAAGUGUUGCAGCAGGUUAGAUCUGAGUCUGAACACAAAAGAAAGAAGCUAGAUGGUCAAGUGCAGGAACUGCACACCAAGGUCAUAGAAGGAGAGAGGCUGAGGACGGAGCUGGCAGAAAAAACAAACAAGCUGCAGAAUGAGCUGGACAAUGUCUCAAGUCUCCUAGAAGAAGCAGAGAAAAAAGGCAUAAAAUUUGCUAAAGAUGCUGCCAGUUUGGAGUCUCAGCUACAAGAUACCCAGGAACUGUUGCAAGAGGAGACCCGCCAGAAACUGAACUUGAGUAGCAGGAUUCGGCAAUUGGAGGAAGAGAAGAACAGUCUGCAAGAGCAGCAGGAAGAAGAGGAGGAGGCGAGAAAAACUUUGGAGAAACAUGUGAUAGCUCUGCAGUCUCAGCUGGCUGAUUCUAAAAAGAAGGUUGAUGAUGACAUGGGAACUAUUGAAGGGUUGGAGGAGAGUAAGAAGAAGCUGCUGAAGGAUAUGGAAAUUCUGAGCCAGCGUCUAGAAGAAAAGGCAAUGGCUUAUGACAAGCUGGAGAAGACCAAGAACCGUCUUCAGCAAGAGCUGGAUGACUUGAUGGUGGACCUUGAUCAUCAGCGACAGAUUGUUUCCAACUUGGAAAAGAAGCAGAAGAAAUUUGAUCAGAUGCUGGCAGAAGAGAAGAAUAUAUCUGCUCGCUAUGCAGAAGAAAGGGACCGGGCAGAGGCAGAGGCACGAGAAAAAGAGACCAAAGCGCUUUCCCUGGCACGAGCCCUGGAGGAAGCUUUGGAAGCCAAGGAAGAGUUUGAGAGGCAGAACAAGCAACUCCGGACAGACAUGGAGGACCUGAUGAGUUCCAAAGAUGAUGUUGGCAAAAACGUUCAUGAGCUGGAAAAAUCCAAGCGCACCUUGGAACAGCAAGUGGAGGAGAUGCGAACACAGUUAGAAGAGCUAGAGGAUGAGUUGCAAGCCACAGAAGAUGCCAAAUUGCGCCUGGAAGUGAACAUGCAAGCCAUGAAAGCACAGUUUGAAAGGGAUCUCCAAGCCAGGGAUGAGCAAAAUGAGGAGAAGAAGAGGCUCUUGAUAAAACAGGUCCGGGAGCUAGAAGCAGAAUUGGAAGAUGAGAGGAAGCAGCGGGCUCUGGCUGUAGCAUCCAAGAAGAAAAUGGAGGCAGAUCUGAAAGACCUAGAAGCUCAGAUUGAGGCUGCAAACAAGGCCCGUGAUGAAGCCAUCAAGCAACUGCGCAAACUCCAGGCUCAGAUGAAAGAUUAUCAGCGUGAACUAGAAGAGGCCCGAGCAUCUAGAGAUGAAAUCUUUGCUCAGUCAAAGGAGAAUGAGAAAAAACUCAAAAGUCUUGAAGCAGAAAUUCUUCAACUGCAAGAGGAACUUGCUGCCUCAGAGAGAGCCAGACGCCAUGCAGAGCAAGAGAGAGAUGAGCUGGCCGAUGAGAUUGCCAACAGUGCCUCUGGAAAAUCUGCCUUGCUUGAUGAGAAACGCCGCCUGGAAGCCCGAAUUGCACAGCUGGAGGAGGAACUAGAGGAAGAGCAGAGCAACAUGGAGCUCCUCAAUGAUCGUUUCCGGAAAACAACUCUGCAGGUUGACACAUUGAACUCUGAACUGGCUGCAGAGCGGAGUACCGCCCAGAAGAGUGAGAAUGCCCGUCAGCAGCUAGAGCGGCACAACAAAGAGUUGAAAGCCAAACUGCAGGAGCUAGAGGGUUCAGUGAAGUCCAAGUUCAAAGCGACCAUUUCAGCACUGGAAGCAAAGAUUGGGCAACUAGAAGAACAACUGGAACAGGAGGCAAAGGAGAGAGCAACGGCCAAUAAGUUAGUACGCCGCACAGAGAAGAAGCUGAAAGAGGUAUUCAUGCAGGUGGAGGAUGAGCGCCGGCAUGCAGACCAGUACAAGGAACAGAUGGAGAAGGCCAAUGCUAGGAUGAAACAGCUUAAGCGCCAACUGGAAGAAGCAGAGGAGGAGGCUACACGUGCUAAUGCCUCACGCCGUAAGCUCCAGCGUGAGCUGGAUGAUGCCACUGAAGCUAAUGAGGGUCUUAGCAGGGAGGUCAGCACUCUGAAAAACAGGCUAAGGCGGGGUGGCCCAAUCACCUUUUCCUCCAGCCGAUCUGGGAGGCGCCAACUGCACAUUGAAGGGGCUUCCUUGGAGCUUUCAGAUGAUGAUGCUGAGAGUAAGAGCAGUGAUAUCAACGAGCCUCAAACUGCCCAAACAGAAUAGAAUGUCCCACUGGGUUGUACAGCCAGCAUCCCAUCCAUGUGACUUUCCCUCCAUGCAUUUGGAAGCGGAGGAAGAAGACCUUAUUGGCCACCAAAUUGCCUUGUGGCCCUAGACUUGCCUUAGGCAAAACUGGCACAGUACUAGGUCAUGCAUAGCAAGUCCGCCGCAGCAUACUGCUGUCUGGCUUUGCCAUGUUGUAACCUGCUUUGGAUAUAGGUACCACUGCUUCUUCUACAUAUUAAAAUGUCUCUGUUCAGUGCUUUCUGUUUUGAGGUAUCCAUUGUAAAGCCAUUUUCUAAGGCACCAGGGGUGAUUGGGGGUGCUCCCUCAAAAGUCUCUUCUAAUAUGCCAUUCCCAGGCAGCUGGCUCCGCCUUUUUCUAUGCAUGCUUAGUUGUACAGCAUUGGCACUCCAUUUCUUUUGGUCUCCUCAAUCCUGCUUCCUUGCAGGACCUGACGGUGUCCUUUUCCUGUCAUUCUAUGAUGGACUAAAAAUCAACUCAUUGACUGUGAAAAUGCCCUGAGGGGCUUCAGGAGGAAUCCUAAAACUGAGAGCAGCAUCAUUACUAGUUUCAUAACUAGCCAGGUAUUUAUGCUAAUUAAUUAGCACUUGCCCACCAUGAGCAACUUCUGCCUCUAGACCUGCCUGCCUUCAUGGUUGCUACUAUGUCCUAGCAGAGAGGCCAGAUAGGAUAUUAACCAUUUUCUACAUAGUGCUCAGUGCAAAUUGGAUAUACUCACCCCUUCCAGCAACUGCUUUCUUGGUGCAGUGCUGGGUCAGGGGUGUUAGACUAAAGCUGAAGCUCUUGCCAUCUAUCUUGGUGCCCAUCAGUGUGGCUGCCAGAGGAUAGCAUGUGGAGAUUGCCUGUAAAUGGACACGCCAGUGGAGUUACCCUCACCCUUUUUUCACUUUCAUUUGGACAGUGUUAACUGCACCUAGGUAGUAUCCUUUUGUUCCAUAGCGGAGAACUGACAUUUACAGAAAGUGCCUUAGACUCUACAGUACUAAGACAAUGUUACAUAUAUAAUUUGCCUAUAACAAUGAUUUAAUGUAUUAAUUUUUGUUCUCCAUAUCAUGUUACACUUCUUCUAGUCCAAGUGGUAUUAUUGAUAUUCAGUGAUAAAGAUUGAAUCAGUGUUAACUAUGAAAUCUUGAUCUCUUGCAACAUGCUUGAAAAUAUAUUUUUCUUUGGUUAAAAGCUUUAACAUAUGUUACAAAGCUUUUGUUUUUGUGCAUUUGGGUAUUAAUCAUAACUGGCUGUUGACCACCAGGCAUCUGACUGCAAAUACCUUGUCUCUUUGUAUUCCCAUAUUUCUAGACAAUGAUUUUUGUAAGACAAUAAAUUUAUUCAUUCUAGAGAGA